AUGUCCGACAAAGACGCCGCUACACCUCGAUUGUUCCUAAUACGCCACGGUGAAACUGAAUGGUCUCGUAAUGGGCGGUUCACGGGCAUUACCGACCUUCCUCUUCUUCCAGAAGGCGAAGAGAAGGUCCGCCAAACAGCCUCCGUGGUGUUCGGUCCUGGACGCUUGAUCGACCCCAGCAAAGUCGCGUACAUCGCCUGCAGCCCGCGACAACGCGCACAACGGACGCUUCAACUACUGUUGGAUCAAAUCCAAGACUCGAGCGCACGGACAGCGCUCAAGGAGAAGAUCAAUACGACCGAAGACAUCGCGGAAUGGGGCUACGGCGACUACGAAGGCCUCCUGCAGCAUCAGAUCGAAGAACUUCGCAAAUCUAGGGGUCUGGACAAGGAUCGGCCCUGGGAUAUCUGGCGGGACGGGUGUGAGGGUCCUGGAGGCCACUCUCCAGCCCAAGUCACGGAGCGGCUAGACCGGCUUAUAUCCCAGGUGACAUGGAUGCACAGGCAAGGGCUGCAGAAGGGGGAUCGAAAAUGUGACGCCGUGGUUGUGGCGCAUGGCCAUAUCCUACGAGCGUUUGUGAAGAGAUGGCUGAAGCUAGACAUGGACGCCCAGAUAGAGAUGAUGCUUGAGCCUGGAGGCGUUUGCGGGUUGAGUUACGCUCACGGCGAUGUCGAGUACAGGGCUGUGCUUGUGGGAAUGAGUUUCCCGGCCUCUUUAUGA